AUGAGUGGUGUAAUUUGCAUCGAACACAAUACCAGUAUGAUAGGACAACCACGGGAAGGUAGUUUCUGUCGGAUCUCAAAGAAGUUAUGCAGUUCAGAGUCUUGGAGGAGAAGAUUGCCUAUUACAAUAUGGUUGCCUAAAUACAAUGUCGAAUGUCUGAUCCGUGAUAUUAUAGCAGGAGUGACAGUUGGGUUGACGUCGAUCCCGCAAGGUAUAGCUUACGCAAUCAUAGCUGGAGUACCACCUCAGGUAGGUCUGUAUUCCAGCAUUUUCCCAGGCAUCGUGUAUAUGCUGUUCGGCAGUUGUAAAGAUGUGACCGUUGGUCCGACCGCCAUAUUGUCCACUCUUCUGGCCAAAUAUGUGGCAUAUUCUGUGGACUUUGCGUACUUAGCUGCUUUUCUAUCGGGAUGUUGUAUUCUGUUGCUGGGAGUGUUACAACUUGGAUUCCUACUUGAUUUCAUAUCUAAACCGGUGAUCAGCGGUUUCACUACCGCUGCAGCGCUGCAGAUUGCCGCUUCACAGUUGAAAACUUUAUUUAGGAUAUCAGGUUCUUCUGGCAGUACGUUUGUGAGUGCACUGAUCAAUUUCUUCUCUAAUAUUGCGACUGUACAAUUAUGGGAUACGGUGCUUGGAAUCGCGACCAUCGUAAUGCUUUUUUUACUUAAACGUUUAGUAGUGCCAGUGUCGGAUUCAUCAUCUCAAUGUCGGGUUGUAACGUCUCGAAUGUGUUUGUACGUGGUGCGAGCGCGUAACGCGUUAGUAGUGCUCGCGGGAACUAUACUGGCGUACGUACUUUAUAUAUAUGGACGGACGCCUUUCGCUUUUAUUGGCAGUAUCCAUGGAGGUCUACCACACUUCAGCUUGCCUCCGUUUAGUACUCGUGUUGGUAAUGAGACGAUCGGAUUCGAAGGCAUGCUGUCUGUGUUCAGCGCUGAAGGAUUCGUGAUGCCUUUAGUGGCCAUACUGGAGAGUAUAGCUAUAGCGAAGGCUUUUGCGGGUACUUCAUCUGUGGACGCAACCCAGGAGAUGAUGGCUAUAGGACUAUGUAAUAUGUUGUCUUCGUUCGCCCAAAGUAUGCCGACGACUGGCUCCUUCACUAGGACAGCUUUGAAUAACGCUAGCGGCGUUAUGACUCCAGCUGGAUCGUUUUUCAAAGCGUCGUUAGUGUUUUUAUCAGUGACUCUACUAACCGAUGCGUUCUACUUCAUCCCGCGAGCAACACUGGCGGCUAUUAUAAUGGUAGCGAUGGCGUCACUGGUAGAACUUGCUAUUGUUAAACAUCUCUGGAAUAACAGUGGUAGUGGGGGUGAGUGCGGGGCUCGAGUACGGGAUAGUGGCGGGCGCGGGGGCGGACGCGGCGCGCGCGUUGUCGGCAACAGAGAUUGCGUUUCAAUAACCCUGCUGGGUCCGCUGUCGUACGCUAGUGCGGAACACGUUCCUAGAUUGUUGCGGCGACACGCGCGACGUCAGUGCUCUGUCAUAGUGCUGGACGCGAGACAUUUGACUGGUACAGAUUUGGGCGUGGCUGAAAAUCUGAUUUCUGUGAUAAUAGAGUUAGAAGUCAAUCACACAUUCCUACUGUGGAAUUUUUCGGAUAAAAUCCGGGCGUUACUUGAAGAAUUACAUCCGGGCUUCAGCAGACGGUUCGUCAGCGGACCGAGUAUAGAUCAACAUAUAUUAGGACUAGACAUCGAUAGAAGAGAUUAUAUGUUUUAA